UUGCAGUCAGAACAUUUAUCGACCCUCCAUUAUGAAUGCACUAUUCGAGCCAAAGAAAUAUCAGAACGAUCUGGAGUCAAAAUUCCAGAUGAGAUUGCAUCUUUAGUGACGGAAACAACCUUCCGGUUCUGUCAACUGCUGUCCACAGAUAUCGAAUCUUUUGCCCGUCAUGCAAAGCGUUCAACGAUCAACAUGGAUGAUGUUUUAUUAUUUACUCGUCGCAAUCCACUGUUGACUGCCUUCUUGGAGGAAAAAUCAGCUGAAUUUGAUGCAGUGGCCGAUGCCAAAGAAUCCAAUUCUGAAUUUCAACCGGCGAAACGAAAGAAGCAGACCACUUUAAGUAAAUUAAAAGAUGGACCUGCUUCAAGAUCAGAAGAAUCUCCGCUGCGCUCAUCACCCUUAAAAGCCUUAUUUGUUGAAUCAGAGAGGAUGACUCCCAAGGCCAAUACUCCAACUCCUUCUCAGUCUUCUGGUAGAACCGCUUCCCCCAUUACAUCGUCAAUACUUCUGGAAGCAAACACUGGGGAAGGAGCAGCAAGCAGCGCCUUCGAAACUUCUCUCUUCGAUGACAAGGAUGACUUUUCAAAUAUUUUUGACGAUUUUGAUGCAUUAUGA